CCACAGCUCCAGGCAGGCGGAGGUGACAGGGCAGCACACUGUCUGUCUGCAAACAAACUUUACAAAACACACAAGUAAAACUCCUAAAUGUUGUAAAACGGGCCUCUACUGUCGAACCGCUCCCGGGACCGGUCCGUUACGGUUCCGUGUGUCCAGUAAAGACCCGGUUCGGAUCAUGGACAGACGCAGGACGAACAGCUACUGAGCUCCAGUUGAACUCGUUCGGUUCCAGGUUUUCAGUCCAGUUUAUGUCAUGCCCGUCCCAGCGAUGGUGGAGCCUGACGUCGACCACCAGAGACGCUUCCAGGCCGCCGUGGACGUCAUCCACAACCUCCCCAAGAACGGUUGUUAUCGUCCGUCGUACGAGGUGAUGCUGCGUUUCUACAGUUUAUACAAACAGGCUGUGUGUGGACCCUGUACCAGCUCCAGACCCGGGUUCUGGGACCCAGUUGGACGCUACAAAUGGGACGCCUGGAGCCGGCUGGGAGAUAUGAGCACUGAGAGCGCCAUGGCAGCGUACGUGGACGAGAUGAAGAAAGUGGCUCAGGAGGUCAUCGACACCAUGCCCAUGGACGAGAAGACGGCGUCGCUCCUGCACCACUUCGAGCCUCUGUACCUGGUCAUCGAUGACAUGCCUCGGCCUCCGGAGGCGCUGCUGAGCCUCAGAGACGGUCUUAAAGGGGUUGAUGAUCCUGUCGGAACUCCAGACCUUCAAGAGGAGGAGGAGUCCAGCCCCCCAGAGGGUCCACCUGGUCCAUCCAGUCCAGCUGAAGACCAGAUGAGUCAGUCUGAGGAGGGUCAUGUCUCUGAGAACCCCCUCCCCAACGACUCCGGUGUGUCUGAAGGUCUACUGUUGACCAGCGACUCAGAGAAUGAGAUCUUCUGUGACUCGGUGGACUCGGUGGAACAGCUGGGUCACAUCAAGGCUCCGGUGCUGAAGUCCAACGGCGUCCAGAACGGACACGUGACUCUGAUUCAGAGCCACGGGAGGCAGGUGGGGGCGGGGCAAGGAGGGGAGGGGGCGGAGGAUGGGAAGGGUCCGACCAGGAGGAGCCGAGAUGGUGGGAGGGAAAUGUCCCAUGGAUGGAGAGAACGUGGCGUCCCUCAGGGCAGUCCGAGACAAGGAGGCGGCCCUGGAGGGGGCGGGGCCGGGCGAGGAGGAGGCGGGGCCGGUCCGGAGGGCGGGGCCGAGCGUGUCCAGGACGCCCAGCUGCAGCAGCAGAUCAUCCUGGCCCUGCAGAGACUCCGAGAGGACAUGAGGAGCGUCAUGGAGAGACUGGAGGCCGUGGAGAGACUGGCAGCAGCCCACGCCCAGGGCUCAGAGUGGAGAACAUGUGUUCAAUGUUCAGCCUCACAUGAACACCAUCAGGAGGUGAAGUGGUGGCCGCUGGACGUGUCCACUCCCACCGUCCUCCUCUUCCUCCUGUGGCCUUUCGUGGCCCAGGGGCUGCUCUACCUGCUGAGAAAAGGCCAAAGAAGAAGAAGAGGCGACAUUUCCUCCUGAAACUCACCCACCGAGGCUACGAUCAGACCGCAGAAAAAUGGGGAACAAAUCCGAUUUUUUUUUACCCAUAUGCGAUCUGUAUCCGAUCUUUUAAAGACAGUUUGAAAAGCACUAAUCCCACCCAGACCACUUUCGUAUGUGGUCCUAAAUCCGAUACGUAUCCGAUAUUU